AUGUCGAUCCAAAAGGAAUACAAAUUUACCCGCUCUACCCUUCCUCUCCCAAAUGACCUUCUUCACAUCCUCCUUCAAAAACUUCUCUCAACCUCAUCAUUCAGUACGCUCUCAACGCUCGCUAGACUAUCCAAAGACUAUUAUUCACUUAUCAUUCCACUCAUUUACAAACACGUUCAUAUCACUUCGGAUGAACAGUUACAGUCAUUUUUAACUAUUCCUCUGACCAAACGAGAAGAGAAUGACAAGAAGAAAAGAAAGAUAGUCAAUACCGUUUUACUCAAAGGUAAAUCCAGAUCUAGAUCCAAUUCAUUAGAAGAUAGUUCGAACUGGAGCAGAAAGAUACAGUGUCUGUCACUUUGUGAAUCUUUGACAUUGGAUGUCUAUCCUUCUCGAACCAGUUUCAAGAUUGCGUCAAAACUUCCUCAACCACUUCAAACUCCCCUUCUCACUUUCACGCCGAAAUCCCUUGAAAAUCUCAGAGAGAAGUUGAGUAGAUCUGGUGCACCUAGGAUAUUGGUUUCUUUCUGGUCUCAACAUCUUCCUACCCUCAUACGACCUAGGAAGGUGGUUGUGGAUUAUUCCAACUUGAAUUUCAAUCCCAUCUCGAAUGCUGGAGAGGAAGAAGAAGAGGACGAAGAGAAAUGGGCAGAUACGAUGAGUGGGAUGAGUAUCUCCUUACAAUCGUGGACUUGCUCUGAAGGGUUGGAGAUGGUUGAGUUGAAAGGUGACAAGUGGAUGGGUGUGUUACCCUCGCCUGGAGUGGGGGUUAAGAUGGUACAUACUACUGCUAGUACUCCUUCUAGCUUCUCAGCCGAGACAUUGAAUGGAGACGAAGAAGAAGAAGAGUUAGUAACGGUAAACGAAACUGUCCUCAACGCUCCUCCGAAUCCCAAUGAACCUAAUCCAGCGACAUUGGAAUCGAUCGAAUCCCGAAACAAACUGGUUUCUACAAGAGUCCAAAGUAUUUUAAUGGGAUUAAGAACCUCUCAAGCAUUGUAUGAAACUUACAAUUCCCGUUUACCUCUCAAAUGGGAUGUCGUAGAUGUGUUACCCCCUCCGAUCGGAUUUGAGGAGAUGGAUCAGGAAGAGAGGUAUAAUGAAUACCAGAGGGAAAAGCGGAAGGUAUUAGAUGAGAUUUUGAGUGGGUUGGAUGAGGUCGCGCCGGUCAUCACUAGGAGAUAUGGAAGGAUCGGACGGGAAGGUAGAAGGGAAUUGAGUUGUUUGAAUUGGGUUGAUGGAUCUUAG